ACAUGAGGCGUCCUUGUGCACUUGGAUGCAUCGUGCUCCUGCUUUGCGGAGUGACGGACUGCAGGCUGCUGCUGGAUGGUCUUCAGAGGUUCGGCCCGAUGCCCAUGUACCUGCCGGUCCAGUACCGGGUGCUGGGGGCGGAGUCCAGCUUCUUCCUGAAGGAGGCCAACCAGGACAUCAUGAGGAACUCCAGCCUGCAGGCCCGCACUGAACUCUUCUUCAUACAACAGGCCCACCGCACGCCAGUGGUCAACGCCACCUACGGGCCGUACUCGGUACAGCAGGCGGUGCCCAUGGACCUGCUGGGCCCCUCCCUGUUCGUCGGCUCCUCGUCGUCGUCCUCCUCCUCCUCCGCCACCGCCACCUCCUCCUCCUCCUCCCCUCCGCUCUUCACCUUCAACUGGAAGGUGCAGACCUUCAUCAUCAGCGAACGCGUGUACCCCAGCUGGCCCAAGGUGCAGGUGCUCUUCUACGUGUCGGGCCGCGACUGGGACGACUACAGCACGGUGGACCGGCUGCCCUGCGUGCGCAUGUUCGCCUUCCACGAGACGCAGGAGGUGCGCGGUACCUGCCGCCUCCAGGGCGAGCUGGGCAUGUGCGUGGCCGAGCUGGAGCCCUUAGCCGGCUGGUUCAGCCCGCCCAGCGUCGUGCCCGGCAAGCAGAAAGGGGCGGCGGCGGGGGCGGGGGCGGCGCCCGAGCAGCAGGCGGACGCCGGCACCUCUGUGGAGCUGUACUACAUGAUCCAGCCGGCCGACAGCGACGAGUGCAAGCCGCCGUUGCCGGAGGAGGGCCGCAAGUCAGCCGGGCAGCAGCAGCCUAUGAUGGGGCCUAUGGGCUACUUUGCGGCGGGGCCCACGCCCAUGCGGCGCAUCGGGAGCGUGAGGCUGUACCAGCCGCUGGCGGAGCUGAGGUUGGACGGGACCUUCGUAGUGAUGCUGCCCUCCAGGCCCAUGAGGCAGAGGGAGACGGUCAACGCCUUCCUGGCCGCCUCCACGCUCUCCAAGGUGGACAUCUUCACGCUCAGGGUGAAACUGAAGGAGGGAGUGUCCUUCCUGGGGGCGCGAGCCAGCAACCCUUCGCAGUGGACCGUCAGCCAGGACGCCCGCAGCGAGGGGCAUAGCGUCGUGACCCUGCACUGCCGCAGGAAGGACCUCAACUUUGGGCAAAGGUUGGAGGCCGCCUUCCAGAAAGUUCUCCAGGUGGACCUGGAGGUGAACGGCCUGCUGGACCCUCUGAGCAGCCGAGCUGUCACCUGGCAGGUGGAGUACCCCAUGUCCCGUACGCUCUCCAAUGAGAUCCAGACCCUCAUCCGCCUGGCCCCACAGGACCUAAGGGGCAUAGUGCCACUGGCUAUGGACACAGAGAUAUUGAACACCGCCGUUCUCACCGGCAAAACGGUGGCGGUGCCUGUGAAGGUUGUUACCGUGGGAACAGACGGCGCGGUGACAGACGUGACGGAGUCGGUGGAAUGUCGCUCCACUGAUGAAGCCGUGGUCAAGGUAUCGGAGCGCUGUGACUACGUGUUUGUGAACGGGAAGGAGACGGGCGGCAGGGUGGGGAUGCUGGUGAACUUCACCUACAGCUACCUGAGCGCCCAGCUGGAGGUCAGCGUCUGGAUGCCGCGUCUGCCGCUCCACAUCGAGCUCUCCGACUCCGAGCUCAGCCAGAUCAAGGGCUGGAGGGUGCUCAGUCCACCCUCCUCCUCCUCCUCCUCCUCCUCCUCCUCCUCCUCCUCCUCCAAGGAGGAGGAGGAUGAGAGGCUUCGUAGAGAGCGUGGCUGUGGCCCUCAGUACCAGACCUCCACGGUCCGCGUCCUCACGCACUUCGCCGCCGAGCAACCCGUGGGCACCAGCGGCCCCACAGACUUCCUGCUUGGCUCUGAUUGGCAGGUGGAUGUGACGGAGCUGGUGCGUGAUUGGCUGCGGGUUCAGGACCGGCGCGUGGCCCGUCUGCAGGAGGGAGGGGUGCUGAUGGGGCUGGACACUGGCACCACUAAAGUACAGGUGAUGUCUCCGCUGUCGGACUCGGUGCUGGCGGAGAGGAUGGUGCGGGUCCUGGAUGACAAGGUGUCCAUCACGGAGCUGGGGGUGCAGCUGGUGUCUGGCCUGUCCCUCAACCUGCAGCUCAGCCCGGGCAGCAACAGGGCCAUCGUGGCCACCGCCACCACACAGGAGCUCAUGCAGACACCUAAACAGGAGGCCCUGAUCAGUGCCUGGCUGCAGUUCAGCGAUGGCUCCAUGACCCCGCUCGACCUCUACGACCCCAGCCUGUUCGUGCUGAGCGCCACUUCCCUGAACGAGCGGGUAGUGGCCGUGCGGCAGGACCCCAUGUGGAAGUGGCCCAUGAUCGUCACCAAGGGCGAGGGCCAGGGACAGCUCAUCAAGGUGGAGAUGUUCAACCCGGAGCAGUGCAAGACCAAGCGGCGUAGUGCCCUCGUCACAGGUGUCGGUAACGUCCACGUCCGAUUCGGCCGCGAUGACGACGAGUACGACAGGGUGGACGGCGGCCGGAGGUACGGCCGUCCCAACGCGCCCUACUACGGGGGAUCCAUCUCCGACAUGGAGGCCGGGAUCAUGAACCGGGGAUCGGGCAGCAAGUCGGGGGGCAGCUCGCCGGGCAGACCGAACGGCGGGCGCCUGUCAGCGGACGCCGGCGGGCUAAACGUCCCCGUAGACUUUGCCGAGUUCCCCACGCAGCCGGAACCUGCCGGUGGUGGCCUUGGCAUUGAUGGUGGCGGUCGCGGUGGCGGCGGCGGCACGGAGGAUGAUUUCCUGCAGGCUCGCCGCAGCCUGAGUGACCUGGAGAUCGGCAUGUACGCUCUGCUUGGUGUCUUCUGCCUGGCCAUCCUGGUCUUCCUCAUCAACUGCAUCUCCUACGCCCUCAAGUACCGCAACAAGCAGCUGCCCCUGGAGGGCCCCGAGACCAUGGCGCACGCCCACGACUGGGUGUGGCUGGGGCAAGAAGGGGAGCUCCUGGAGGAGGGAGGAGGGGGCCCCCACGGCGGCGGCCUGUGCCUGACCCAGGACGAGCUGGGCAGCAUCCUGGACUCUGGCUUAGGGCUGGAGGAAGGCAGUCAGCUGCUGAUGAACGGCAUGCAGAAGAAGGGCCAGCAGGGGGCGCAGGGGCAGGUGCCACACCACCACCACCACCACCACCACCUUCACAACCACCUCCGCGCGGCCCACGAGAUGGGAGCCUGCCCGGGGAAGGAGCAGAAGGCGGAGGCCCUGCACCACUCGUCGCCCACCACCAAGAGGAAACGAGUCAAGUUCACCACCUUCGGGAGCUCCUCCAGCUCCAGCAGCAAGUCCAACAACAACAACGGCUGCCCUGGCAGCGGCAUCAGCAUCAGUCCCUUGGUGCUGGCCCAGGCCCAGAACAGUGACAACAUCAAGUGGGUGUGCCCAGACAUCGAGCUCGGGGACUCCAAGGAGCUCCGGAAUUACAUGGAGAGGCUGAACGAGAACGCUUCGAAAAGCCUAGCGUAG